GUUUCUAUUUUUGCCCUUUGCCUUUGACUCGGGAAGCAGUCAGUGAUGUAAAAAAGAGAACAGAGACAGUGCGAAAACCAUAAACCUGCUCUACAGUCAUCUGUGAAGAAGAGUAUCAGGGCAUGGCAGUUCCUUUACCUUCAUGUGUAAUUGACUAUGGGACUGGAUACACAAAGAUCGGCUACGCUGGAAACACCGAGCCGCAGUUCAUCAUGCCGUCCUGCAUUGCGAUCAGAGAGACAGCUGGAGUUGGAGACCAGGCUCAGAGACGCCUCAUGAAGGGAGUGGAUGAUCUGGAUUUCUUCAUCGGUGACGAGGCGAUCGACAAACCCAACUAUGCAACCAAGUGGCCAAUCAGGCACGGUAUCAUCGAGGACUGGGAUCUGAUGGAGAAGUUUAUGGAGCAGAUUAUUUUUAAAUACCUCCGUGCUGAGCCAGAGGACCACAACUUUCUUGUGACUGAACCUCCUCUGAACACACCAGAGAACAGAGAAUAUUUAGCCGAGAUCAUGUUUGAAACCUUCAAUGUUCCAGGACUUUACAUCGCUGUCCAGGCUGUUCUGGCCUUAGCGGCCUCGUGGACAUCCAGGCAGGUGGGACAGCGAACACUAACAGGAAUCGUUAUAGACAGCGGAGACGGAGUCACGCAUGCGAUACCUGUGGCUGAGGGCUACGUGAUUGGGAGCUGUAUAAAGCACAUCCCUAUAGCAGGCCGAGACAUCACCUACUUCAUCCAGCAGAUCCUCAGAGAGAGAGAAGUCGGGAUUCCUCCUGAACAGUCUCUGGAGACCGCAAAGGCAGUCAAGGAGAGGUACUGCUACAUCUGCCCAGACAUUGUAAAAGAGUUCACGAAGUAUGACACGGACCCCGGGAAAUGGAUAAAGAAAUACAAAGGCAUCAACGCCAUCACCAAAAAUGAGUUUCACAUAGAUGUGGGAUACGAGCGCUUCCUCGGACCAGAGAUUUUCUUCCAUCCGGAGUUUGCCAACCCGGAUUUCGUGUGUCCCAUUUCAGAUGUAGUCGAUGAGGUCAUUCAGAGCUGUCCGAUAGACGUGAGAAGACCUCUUUACAAGAAUAUAGUGCUCUCUGGAGGAUCCACUAUGUUCAGGGACUUUGGUCGACGGCUACAAAGGGAUCUGAAGCGUGUAGUCGAUGCCAGACUUCGACUCAGUGAGGAGCUCAGCGGAGGCCGGAUAAAGCCAAAACCAAUCGAGGUCCAAGUGAUCACGCAUCAUAUGCAGAGAUACGCCGUCUGGUUUGGAGGGUCUAUGUUGGCCUCCACGCCCGAGUUCUUCCAGGUGUGUCACACGAAGAAAGACUACGAAGAGCGCGGUCCAAGUAUCUGUCGCCAUAAUCCGGUGUUUGGGAUCAUGUCCUAACCCUGGACUCUUAUUGUAGAUGCAGUUCUGUGAUGUCAGUGCUGUGAUCAUCUCUACGUGUAUCAACUCAAAAAUAAUUUAUUAUAAGAUCUAAAUUUCACGUCCAUGACAGAAAAUCUAGACGAGAAGUCGUGUCAGUGUCCGAACAAACAUACGGUAUAUCCAUGUAAGAGAAGCCGUACACCGAUGACUGUUUCCUGUCCUCGAUUUUGUGCGAUCGGGAAUUUUACGGACAGAUUUAUGCGGCCGUUUUUGCAUGUGGAUCGAAGCUCGUUGCGAAGACUUGAAGAUGGAGCAAGAUUUUGACAAUUACUUUAUAUUUGUAACAGAGAUAACGGUCGAUGAGACAGAGACGGGAUAAAAACUGACAUUAAAUAAUGCAUGGGUUUGAAGUAAUAUAUUCUUACAGGAGAGAUGGAAGGAAGGAGGAACAGUGUUUAUUUAACUAUUUCAGUACCUAUAGAAAUGUAUAAACAUUUAUAAUUAUGUGUAUUUGUAAUUGUUGAGUUGAACAUCUCUCUCUCUGUGGUUUCGAUCUCAAGUAAGAUUAAAGGAGAACUCUGUUCAAACCAGUGAAAAUCUUUUAAAGUACAAAAUUGAUCUGCCUCUAAAUAUGUCUAUGAAUCUCUCUCUCUCUCUCUCUCUCUCUCUCUCUCUCUCUCUCUCUCUGUCUCUCUCUCUCUCUUUCUCUUUUGCUCUCUCUCUCU